CCAAGAGGUGGAGACACGUGCGACUUUACGUCGUCUUUGAUGGUGUCAUAGUUUGUUUUGCUUCUGGUUUGAGUAAAAUACUCCAGCUUUUCGCGUCGAUGAAAUUAGAUAUUCUACUCUGCACGUGACAUCAUCAUAUCCUACAUUGUGAUACUGCCAACGGUUCAUGUCUUGUGCCCAAAGUGAAUUGACGAACUUGGAAAUGACGGAAGCCUGAUGUUAUCCAAGAAAAAAGAUAUCAAAUAUCUGCGAGACGGUGUAGCCGGGAAAUACGUCAAAAAGGAGACCCCUCCGCAUGUACCAGUGGUCAACACGUGGACAGCGCUGAACCAAAGAUGGCAGGAAAGUUCAUCCGAAGAGGAUCAAGUGCCUCUUCAGCCUCAGCCAGCUAGCUUAGCAGAAAAGUGUGCCCGAGCAUCCCAAAAUCGCGCUGGGAGUGCAGCUUCCUACCCUGGGGAUAUUCCUCAAACGGGUGUCUUGCUACCCUCCCCAUCACCGAGACUGCCCGGCCCUAAAGUAAAUGUUGCGACGACGAGCGUGGCCUAUGUCGUCACUUCUGCAGGGCCUUCUGUGGUUGGAGGGAACUGGCCCCCCGUUACCACAGUCACGCACCACAUGCCUCCAGUACCCCAGCAUGCAGCACGUGUCUAUGUCAACCAUUAUGCAGCGGCACCUUCUGCUGUUCAUGUGGUACCACUUGGGGCACAAGAAGUCACCCAGGCCUUCUCACAGCACAGCUUCCAAGCAGUUGAGCACUAUCAGCCCCAGCAAACUUCAACGGAGGAGCGUAGUCCGUUAGAAGCGCUUUACCAAGCGGAGGAGAACUACCAGAUUCAGCUGUACCAUCAACAGAAGCAGCAACAAUAUGCACAACAGCAGCAACAGCCUCACAUAACACGUAUUUCAGUGAACAGCGGAGGUCUCAGCAGCAGUAUCACUGGUGCUGUUGGCAGCGGUAGCAUAACUGGUGCAGUUGGAGCCAGUAUGACUGGGGCUGCAGCAAGCGGUAUUACUGGUGGAAUCGCUGGCGCCAUCAGCGGCAGUAUCGGCAGCACGUCAGUGGGGCAGAUACUACCUUCGGCUGCAGCUGUGACUGCCGCAACGGUGGUAUCUUACACCCCGGGCAUCUUCAGUUCAGCCCAGCUGUUGCCUGCACUCUGUAGCGGGGCCUCCUUGGCUACUCCUGUGCUGUUGCCAGGGUCACAACAAUCGCAGCAUCUAGUCACCAGCAAUAGUAGGACCUCUCUACAUAGGUUUGCCAGUGGCAGUCCAGCGAGGGCUUUUUCUACGGAAGAACUGCCACUUCCUCCUGGAUGGACGGUGGACUACACUAUGAGGGGUCGGCGCUAUUAUGUGGAUCACAACACCAAAACAACACACUGGAGCCACCCCUACGAGAAGGAAGGUUUGCCCACAGGCUGGGAACGGGUCGAGUCACCCGACCAUGGUGUCUACUAUGUCAACCACAUCACCAAGCAAGCCCAGUACGAGCACCCGUGUGCCAGUCAGUACGGACAGGCUCCAGGGGGAAGCCCAUCAGGGGCACAAGGGGGCCCCCCACCUCCACCGAGGCAUUCAAACUUCCACCAGCACAGUGUUCUCGUGCCAGCAAACCCCUACCUCACAGAGGAGAUUCCCCGCUGGCUGGUCAUAUACUCAAAAGCACCGGCUGAACUGGACCACAAAUUGAAGUGGCACCUGUUUCGGCUACCAGAGCUGGAGUGCUUCCAGGCCAUCCUCAACCGGCUCUAUCGUCAAGAGCUGGAAGAGAUUGUCAUGGGCUACGAGCUGCGACGCCUCGCCAUUGCCCGCGAGAUGGAACGACGUCGUGUGUUGCAGGCGGCACGCAAAACUGCUACUAAGUUAUGACUGCAACAGCUGUUUCAGCUAACGAGCUAACAUGCAGAGCUUCGAUGCAGAGCUUCGACGACACAGCGCGUGGAUCGCGUCUCGAGGACUACUUACACCACGCUAGCCUUCUUCCGCAUGCGUGCUGGCCAUGCAUGCAACACUUUGGUCACAAGAAUCCGUCAAGCCCGCAGUGCCUGUCUACUUGUUGUGCUGGCCCAAAUUUUCUCCUGUGUACUACUGCCAAUAAAUGCUCAUGUGUGA